UAAUGAAUGUUAUAACAAUUGAAGACUAUAAGAGCACAUAUUGGCCAAAGUUGGACAGUGCCAUAGAUCAGCUUUUAACUCAGAGUCCUGGUGACUACAUCCCUAUCUCCUAUGAACAAAUAUACAGUUGUGUGUAUAAGUGUGUAUGCCAGCAGCAUUCGGAACAGAUGUAUAGUGACCUAAUAAAAAAGAUAACUAACCACUUAGAGAGAGUCUCAAAGGAGCUGCAGGCCAGCCCUCCAGAUCUCUAUAUUGAAAGAUUUAACGUAGCUCUUGGACAGUAUAUGGGAGCAUUGCAGAGCAUUGUGCCUCUUUUCAUAUAUAUGAAUAAAUUUUACAUAGAAACCAAGCUUAACAGAGACUUAAAAGAUGACCUUAUAAAGCUGUUUACGGAACAUGUUGCAGAAAAGCACAUUUACAACCUAAUGCCUUUACUUUUGGAAGCUCAGUCAACGCCGUUUCAAAUAACUCCCUCAACCAUGGCAAAUAUUGUGAAAGGCCUGUAUACACUACGACCAGAAUGGGUACAGAUGGCACCAGCUUUAUUUUCUAAAUUCAUCCCAAAUAUUCUACCCCCUGCUGUGGAAUCUGAGCUUCAGGAAUAUGCUGCUCAAGACCAGAAACUUCAAAGAGAGCUUAUGCAGAAUGGAUUUACUAGAGGUGACCAGUCACGCAAGAGAGCUGGAGAAGAGUUAACUUACAAUGGCUCAUCAGCUUGUGCAAGCUCCAGGGGGUACAGAUAGUGAAUAUACUGGAUCAGCUUCUAUUCCUACCCAGAACAGACACUGGAGGAGCGCAGGUGGUAUCCGGAGCCUCCUUUGGCAACUGCUGAUACUCGAGCUCUGACACGAACUAUGCCUCAAAGAAGAGUUUUGGACUUUCUUCUUUAUAUAAUAAAAUGUCAGUUGCUGCUACAAUUGGGAUGACUUUGAAAGACAUGAUUCCUUGGUCUAGCCUCUCAACAAGUUCAUGUUCUGCCAUUUUUGUGAGGAAUGCACCUUGAAAAACAAUCUUUUCAAAGUGGAAAUGGGCAGCCGAACUCAGCAGCUUCCAAAAGCGUUAGAAUGGAAGAAUCUUUUUUGCACUCUUUUCUUAAUAUUAAGGACAUUCUUAAAACUAGUUAACACGUCAGUGUAUUAGUUUUUAAACUUCAAGGUAUUUUCUGGAGCUUUUACUUAAAUAAUAAGAAUAAAGUUUCAUUAUUUUGCA